AUGAAAAUCCUACAUUAUUGAAAAGCUUUCAAUAACUUCAUUUCAUAAUGACUUCGCAAACCAAAACAGAAGUAAUCGUAUCCACUACCGAAAAUCCAGAAACCGUUUGCAUGCUGUUUGAUAUAUGUAAAGAAGUCAAGCUCUAUUAUGAGAGUCCAGUUAUUUUUCUUACCAAAACAGAUUUUUCGGAUAAAGCAUUUAACGUCAUGUGUACAGUUCACACUAUUUUGAAUGAGAAAAGAGAUGAGAAGACCAAAGGUCGGAUUUUAGAUUUGAUUAUUGAUUACCAGUUGCACUGGUUGCAGUAUGUGAACGCUAUAGAAAACUUUGAACAACUUGUGAUUGAUCGAAGCUUGCCUAAAGAAGAAUUAUACCAAGCAGUAAACUACACUAUGGAUAGUAUGACCUAUCGCUUAAAGCAUUUUCAACGAUUCAUUGAAAAGAAUCGAUCUGGUUUAUCUAACGAAAACCAUGCUAUAUUAAACGCAGAACUGGAAAUUGUGGAAGAAAUGCAUAAAGAAAUUGCCAAAGCCUUGGUUGACAAGUUGAAAUGUUUUCGAGGUAUUCAAAGCGGUCCAGAAUUCGACAUUAAACUUAAAUCUGAAGUCGAAGAUCUGUUACAAUGGUUAGAUAAAAUUAGCGAUAACUUAGCAAUUCUGCUUAGUAAAUAUGUGAGUUUUAACGUUCUACGUUUAAGUAGCGAUUUAACAAAAACGUUACAACAAAUAGUUGAAGACUUCAAAACCGAUGAGUCACCUUCAGCUAAAAAACUAUUGGAAGAACUUAAAGGAAAAGGAAAAGAUUUAUGUUCAAUGGUAAGGUCUACAGCAAGUCAUGAUCUUGAGAUAAAUAAAGUUGUAGAAAAAAUAGCUGUAUUAGAUGACCGUAUUAAACGUUUAGAAGAAGAGAAUGCACAUGCAGCGCUUGGUGCACUUCGGCACAAAAAGGAAUUCCUUGAAGCAAGAUUAAACUCGUUAGACAAUUUAAAGACUACUUUAAAGAGCCUUCACACCUUUGCAGAUUACAUGCCGGAUAUUCCAUUAGAUGAGUUGUGCGAGUGUCCAGAUUUCUUCCAAAUGAGAAUUUUUAACCAUGCACUUCCAUCUCCAGAGCGCGAGCGUUUGAUCUCCCAGUUCUGCUACUUAUGGGAUAUAGCUGUCAAUGGGAAAAAGAAAAAAUCAAUAAUAUCAAUUCUCAGUGCAACUGAGGAAAAAGAAGAAUUUACUGAUGACCUUGGUAUUUUUUAUAUAGACGAACAUGGUAGAAAAAUAUAUAAGAAGCCAGAUGCACCCACAUUGUACCAAUGUAACGAAAGUGAGAUGUUAGUUCCUCUUUCUGAUGAUUCAGAACAUGUCUAUUUUUAUGAUGAAUGUGGGAGACACUUCUUGCACCCUCACACUAGGCAAAAGAUCUACAAAGCUCAUGCAACAGCGAGUGAAUUUAUGAUGGAUAGCUCUGGAGCUCUUAUUAAGUUGAAGGAAAUCCGCAAUGGCAUCACGUACUGCUACGAUAACUUUGGGCGUUACUAUAUAAACGAGGAAAACAAGCGUAUCUACAUAGAAGAAGACGCUACAAGUGAAUAUGAAAAUGAUGGGUUUGGUAAUCUUGUACGUAUAAGAAGUCAAUUAGAUGUUCUUGAACCUUGCCCCGAUGAUGAAAAUGUUACCGAAGAUUUCAAUUAUUUGAAACGAAACGUUGGAGCGGCGUUGCGUGAAUGUGUUGCGAAGACAAUUGUUGCGCAGCCCGCAGAUCCCGUGAAGUAUUUGUCCACGUGCCUAUUUAAAUACAGAGACAAUAUUGAGCAAAGAGAAAAGAGAGCUAGAGAAAAAGAACAAUUGGACGUAGAAAGAGAAAUACGUGCAGCUGAGGAACGCGAGGCUUUAGAGAAAGCCGCAAGAGAAGCUGCCCUUCUGAUGGCGCAAGGUGGCAGUGAGGCUUCUUAUGAUUCGAAUCUAGUUAACUACCAGCAUUCACCCGAUAUUGAUUCAACUAGCUCAAAACAAUAAAGCGAAAGUGAAGGUUCAAGUUCAAAUAAGUUUCUUGACUG